CAACCCUUCGCUGGUCUAUACUAAAGAAGCACUAGCAGAAUUAUGGGACGUAGAAGAUAGUGAAUUACUUAAUCUUUUGGCUAUUGAGGGAAAAUUGAUCACAAUAGAUAUAACUUUACAACAAUUGCUAAAAGAUCACUCUUCAAGUUUUGGAGGAACAUACAUAGAUGUUAAGAAGAACCAAGUAUUUGUCAAUACUGUGAACCCUUCUGUAGUUCCUAUAAUAAAAAGUUCAUCAGCGUUUAACAAUAAUGAUUACUUAAACUUCAUAACCUUUGUAACCAAAAGCAAUUCAAUGGAUAUAUUAGCGUACCGCAUUAUUAAAAUAUAUGAGAAAAUUAAACAAUUCAAACCAAUUAAUAUUCUAUGUUAUAUUGAUAUAGAGCUUAAUAAUGUAGUAAUACGUCAUGAUCAAAAGACAAAUGAUGAGUUUAUAAACUCUGUUCGUGAAUAUAACCCAAUUUUUGUUCAAUUUGAGGUUGGUUUAUCACACCCUAGAUGUAAUGAAAAUAAUGAUGACAUAAGAAUAACACAAUUUUCUAUUUCACGAAGAGACUUAAAUCUCAAAAUCUUAAGUGGUGAGGGUUUAAUAAAUCUUUUUAAUGAUUUAGGCUGUUCUGUGGGUUUUUGGGCAAGAGAUAAGAAAAAUGCAAAUCUGAAUUACAUUGUAACUGCUGGACAUUGUUCUAGUAAACUAUCACGAUUGGUUGAUACAGAAAAUUUUGCUCAUAUGGCGUGGGAUUCUACUGAACGCAAUUUACUUGGACGAAUGGUAGAAUCUAAAAAUAUAGGCAAAUAUGAUUUUGGUUUGAUUGAUAUAACAGGCAGCAAAUUCUUAAAAUCAGUGACAACACUCAUAAGAAAUACAGAUUCUGAAAAGUAUUCUGAAUUAAUUAUUGAACGUGGCAUACAAAUAGUUAGCCAUGGUGCUCAUGUAUGUAAAUCUGGUUUUAGUUCGCAUGUUACUUGCGGAUAUAUAAAAGGACUUAUUACAAUUAGCACGUUUUUAGAAGGUAUACCUUUCAAGGAUUUUGUAUUUUAUGGUAAAGACACUUUUCAAAUAUCGUGUGGGGGUGAUAGCGGAGGUCCUCUAUUUUCUUAUUUACAAAAUUUAAAUACUGUGGGUCUAAGUGGCAUACAUAUUGGUGGCAUUGGAGAUUUUUCUAUUUUUUUGCCGUUAAAUAUAAUUCUCAGUAAAGAUAUUAUCAGUGUUGGGCACUGGACUAUGUCCAGUUAUAAAAACAUUGGACAAAUUGGACUAAAAAAGUGGAAUAUGUCCAAUUUUGUUCCAAUUUACUACAACAAUUCCAAUUGGCACUUGGGCACUGGAACGGUCCAGCCUAUAACUGGAAUUAGUAACAAUUGGACUGGUCCAAUAAAUUGGAACG